AUGUCUACCACAAAUACUUCCGCUACCAGCAUUCGACAGCCCAAGGACAUCGAAUGUUGGGGUCACAGAGGUGCCAGUGCGCACCUGCCUGAGAAUACUCUUGCCAGUUUCCGCGCUGCCAUCUCUGAAGGAUGUGAUGGUAUUGAAAGCGACGUCCACGCCACUUCCGAUGGUGUUGUUCUCAUGUUCCACGACCCCACUCUGGAUCGUACCACCACUGGAAAGGGGUUGAUCAAGAAUCAGCCGUACAAGGAUGUCAUUGAGCACGUGCGAACCGUCAAGGAGCCGGUACAACCUAUUCCCUUGUUUGAGGAGCUUGUCGCUCUCAUCAUGGAGCCUGAGAACCGACAUGUCUCUCUGAAUAUCGACUGCAAGAUGCAGAACGACCCCCAGCGACUCUUCCCUGAGAUGGCUCGCAUCGUCACGUCAUAUCCAAACUACGAAAAAGACCUCAGUCCCCGUAUCAUCCUCGGUCUCUGGCACCCCCUCUUCAUCCAUCCCGCUAUCAAAUACCUUCCUCACUGCCGCCGCUUCCACAUCGGCUUCUCCAUUCCCAUUGUGAAACAAUUCUUCUGGGAUACUUGUGAAGGCUUUUCCAUGGCUUUCCCUCUGCUAAUGGGUAAGGAAGGCCAGGUAUUCAUCAAGGAAUGUAGGGAGCAGGGCAAAGAGGUCACGGUGUGGACGGUGAAUGACGAGGCGGAGAUGAGGGUGGCAAUGUCGAUGGGUGUCAAGGCUAUUUUGACAGAUAAAGUCGGGGUCUUUGUCAAUCUCAAGAAAGAGAUGGUCGAACAUCCAGAGAAACUCCCGCUUCAAGGGUUGGAAGCCUGGACUUUCCCAUGGUCACAUUGGAAGUACUAUUCGGUCGCACACGUAACUGCCCGUCUCGCUUCCAAGAUGUUUCUGAAAGCUCACGGUUCCCUCUCCACUCCUCCUUCCCCUUCCGACGACCCUGAACCGCCUACAUCUAUACCAAACCUCCCAUUCCCCGCACCGGCUCCUGAUUCUUCCUUCGGUGAUGCUGCGUCCACCCCUACCGCUCCCUCCCCCUCCCCUUCUACGACGACAAAUGAUCCCACCCUGUCGCCUACCGUUUCUAUCGCCCGCGCCCUCCUUCCUCGUGAUCCUUCAUGA